UCAGAACUUCCGUCAACGAACUUCCGGCGUUGCGUAACUUCCUGCAUCGCCGCCGCGGCCUGGUUUUUCAAGAUGGUGUCUGGCCUUGUGUGAGUGAACGCGUGUGUGCGACGGCUAGUGCAAAAUUUUUCGGUGCUUGUGGCUCUGAGGAUGACCCGUGUGGACGUUCCAAAUUACCCGUAUCAUCGCAUCUAUCUGGGACUUGAAACCUGCGUCUAAGAUUUGGGUAACCAGUGAAAGGGGUCACCAGUGACCAACAAUGGCAUCGUCAGCAGCGGUGCCCCCGGGCUCUCCUGAGGGUGGAGGUGUGCUGCCCACGCGACGCCAUCCGCUGGCCGGGGGCCGCUUCUCCUUGCGACGCUUGCUCGGCUCUUCAUCGUCCUUUCUCAAUCGCCGCAACUUCGGCCGCUCCUGUAGCUCCCCGCACGAUGCUGAACAGGCUGUUCGGCCGCCACAACGAAUGCCACUGCAGCACAGGGACGCUCGUAGAAACAGUAGCGGCAGUGGUGGGGCGGCGUCUCGGUUGGGUGCCGCCGAGCGCCAGGGAAGUUCUGACACGGAUUCCCUAUGGAGCUGCGGUGGUGGCUUGCUCGAGUGCCCGCUAUGCCUUCUGGAGGCACCGGCUGAGGCAUUCCCCCGCUUGGCGUCGUGCACGCACCGAGCGUGUGCAGACUGCCUGCGCCAGUACCUGCGCGUAGAGAUUUCGGAGAGCCGGGUGAACAUCGCAUGCCCUGCCUGCUCGGAGCCCAUGCACCCGAGCGACAUCCGGCGCCUGCUGCAGGAUGAGCUCAUGGUGGCCAAGUAUGAGAGCUUCAUGCUGCGUCGUGUCCUCGUCACCGAGCCAGAUGCCCGGUGGUGCCCCGCUCCGGACUGUGGCUACGUGGUGAUAGCGAGUGGCUGUGCCAGCUGCCCCAAGCUGCGCUGCGAGCGUCCCGGUUGCAGCACAGCUUUCUGCUACCAUUGCAAACAGGAGUGGCACCCUAACCAGACGUGUGAUGCGGCCCGGGCGCAGCGUGCCUCGAGGCCCGCUGCUCAGGCUGGUUCGACCCUGGGGUUCCCGCAUGACGAGGGCCUGCAGCGCGAUGACAUCAAGCACUGCCCCUGCUGCAAGGUGUUCAUCAUCAAGAUGGAUGACGGUUCGUGCAACCACAUGACGUGCCGCCUGUGUGGCACAGAGUUCUGCUGGCUGUGCAUGAAGGAGGUGUCCGACCUGCACUACUUGAGCCCGUCGGGCUGCACUUUCUGGGGCAAGAAGCCCUGGAGCCGCAAGAAGAAGAUUCUGUGGCAGCUGGGCAUGCUCGUCGGCGCCCCCGUUGGCAUCGCCCUCAUUGCAGGCAUCGCCGUGCCCGCCAUCGUCAUCGGCAUUCCUGUAUGGGUAGGACGAAAGCUUCACUCCAAGUACGACCUGCGCACCACGAGUCGCCUCAAGCGGAACUUCGUGGUGACGAGCGGCGUGGUGGCCUCGUUCCUCGUGUCGCCGAUCAUCGCAGGCAUUGCCGUUGGUAUCGGGGUUCCAAUACUGUUAGCCUACAUCUACGGAGUGGUGCCAGUUUCCCUCUGCCGUUCUGGUGGCUGCGGCGUCACGACUUCAGCGUCCGGGGUGCGCAUCGAGUUUGACGAGGAAGGCGACGGCAUAGGUGGCGGAGGCAGCGGGUCUGUUGGGGUUGCGGCUGAUGGUGCGAGCGUGGACACGGCUGGAGGCAUUGCACCGGCCAGCAUUGGUGAGGCAGCCUCCCUGGGGAUGUCCGGUGGCAGCCCCAGCCUUGGUUCGCACCUGGACACCGUGGCGGGUGCAUCCAACACGGCCAUCGCUGGCCACUCACUCACGGGAAGCAUCGCUUCGGCCAGUGCCCAUUCACACCGGCUGGAAGUCCAGGCGGAGGUGUCGUCCAACAAGCGCUUCAGCCUGAGCAGCCACAGCGAGACAGCCUCUGCCACGGUCAGCCUCAGCGAGCGCUCAGCCAACAUGUCUGGCAUGGCUGACGAUGCGGCAAGCACCCGUGCCCUUGCGGGAUCCAUUGUCGGAUACAGGGAAGGCACACUGGCAGCACCCGUUGAGGUGCACGUGGACCCCUCGGAAGAGUCUGACUACUGUCGCCAGUGCCGCAUUACCCACCGCCCCUGCUGCCCCAAUGCCCUGGCCUCCACUCCGCAGCAGCAGUCAUCACACUGCGAAUGCCUCGACACUGCCAGUGUCACCAAAGUGCAGAUUGAGUGAGGGAGGAGGGGCUGACAACAAACGCAGUUUGUCCCUUGCCAGGGCGUUGUGACCCGUCACUGGCUCACACCAUUGCAGACGGUGUGCCAUUUGCUUUCUCGGCCAUAUAGCCACUUUCCAAGUGCAGCAAGUUUUGGAGUCGGUCAAAACCAACGAGGCUGUCCGUCGACUUCCACUGCUGGUGCACGAUUGCUAUCCCUAACAAAUGGAGCCUUUACGGUUUGCAUUUGUUUGCACUGCUUGCGUGGCAUUAGCCAGACAGAGAGAUGCAGCUUGUGGUUGAUAUGAAGAACACUUUCUUCUCUCAUUCGAUGGGUGCGUAGUCUAUUGUGGGACAAAGUUGGACACAUCCGCCUGGCUCAUUACUCCCCGGCCAAAACUCGUCUGUCAGAGGCACACUGUGGAUUUCAGAAGCCACCGCAUUCCGCUAGACUCAAAAGAGAGCUUGCAACAGCGUGCCAAGUGUGAGGAGCAUAACUCAACUGCUGCAGUUGUAUCUGGUCUGGAUGUCUGCCUGAAAAACACCUUGUACUGAUUGAGAACAAAAUUAGAAUUCAAUACAUUUUCUGAUGGAGGUCGCACCUCGCUGUGAAUUUCUGCGGCCACAAACACCAGCAAAGGUAGUUGGCGCAGUAAUGUACCAUUCUGUGUGCUGCUGGCCGACACGAAUGGUAGACAUAGAUACCUAGUCUCUUUAACCUUGUUUAAGUGUCAUAGCUUUAGAACUAUCGAAAUACGAGCAGUUUUGUUGUUGUGCUCUGAAGCAUUGCAAUGCUGAAAAUUGAAGAAGUGAAAAAAGCGAAGGUCGUCUCUAUUGAGGCAGAUAAGCAAAAAGCUACAGGAAUGACUCGUGCAGAAACAUCUUGCGUGUGUCAACUUACCCACUGAACAGUAGGUGAACAGUAGGCAAGUCCUUCAAUUGGUGCUACAAUUGCAUUCAACCUCGCACACCCCUGUGUUAUGACUGAAAGUGCGGAAGAGGAAAGAUGAGCUGUGGGGAAAUCACUGAUGCUGCUAGUUCGAACGACUGGCGGACCUCUUUUUUUUUUUUUUUUUGGCGUACGUGAAAGUAUGCCGCCUCUUGUGCCUGUUUUUAAGUGUUUCCCUGUAUGGCUUGGCCAUUUUCUCGUUGUAGCUUUAUUCGUUCAUCGAAGAAGUCUGUGCCAGGGUGUGCGUGUGCUUUCACACACCUAACAGUCACCGUGACGAUUGCGAGCUUUGUUCUGCGACCACCUGGUGUCAUUCAGUGUCAAAUGUGUAGAGAGGUUCUGCACGUCGGCUGCUGCAGGCAACUCUGCAUGUGUGAGACCUUGUGUGAAGACAGUCCUCCAUCAUCAGUGGAACUGUUGAUCUUCUCAGUUCAUCACAUCUGUCGCAGCAUUGGCGAGAGAGAAAAAAAAUUUGCCGUUCAUGGCCAUUAGUCAUAAAUGUGUUCCAGAUGUAGUGUUAUCACACAACAUAGAAAUUUGUCAGAAACAUAUGUGUAUUCAAGCGUAUCGACACGAGGUAUAGUGCGUGCGCCACAGCCGUCGUUUACUGUUGCUGACCAUUGUGUGUGUGUGCUGUGUGCAUUUUAUCAUAGAAGUGUUUCUUCAUUGCAGUGUGCAAUGUGUAGCUUUCCUUCAUUUUUCUUUCUUGGCUAAGGACAAAAAAAAGAGAUGUUUUUGAUGUAAAGAUCCCAGUUGUUUUGUACAGUGUAUAAAAACGAUUUGUUUGUUGUUCAGUGCUUCUAGUGUUUGCGUAAUUAUGGCAGCCGAUCUGACUUUGCUGCAGGCGAUAUUCUCUUCCGUUCCGCGAUCGAUACUCGGCCUACGCUCAAUGCUUGUCUGUGGUGUAUUUCUAGCCUGCGUUCAACAGUCUUCUUCUUCCUCUCCCCUAAAGCAUUUCUUGCUUUUUUCGCCAUCAUUCUCUGGCCAUUUCUUGUGGUGUCAUCUUAUGUCCUCUCUUCCAUUGGUUUCCAGUUCCUUGCAUAUGAUUUAAUGUUUCUCUCCAAAGAAAGGAGAGCCUGGCUGUGGCCUAAAUCUAGGUAACCAGUCUCGAGUAGUGUCUAGUUGUGUGCUGCUUGUGCUCAACUGCUCAAUGUGUUUUCAUGUUUUGCCGCUGCUGCAGUUUCACGUGUGCAUCUAGCUGUGAGUUCACGGCUCGCAUAGAUGUUUGCCAAUGCCCGCGCUGUAGCGCUAAUGAAGAAGCUGUGCUGACCCUAUGAGUUGCAUUGUGCAUGGCAGAUGUUUUUCCCGUGUAUGGUCAUUGUGGAGUGGCUAGUUAUUUCCUUCCACUUUUAUGUCUUAUUAUGCUUGCUCUAGAUUACCCAUCUUGCUUGGGUUGUUGAGUAGAUUGUUGCAAGGCCCUUUGUGCCAUAAAGUGCCAUAAGUUCAAUGCUUUAACCUCUCUCAUUUCACGAUGUUAACAAAUUGGUGUGCUAGCAGCACAACAGCUAUUACUUGGAAGUGCGGUCGUUGCUUCUUCUGUAUCUGCAGCUUCAACUAAUCGCAGUUCUACAAGAUAACUGUGUGAUAUAAAUUAGACGAUGGGAAUCCAAACUUAGUGGGACUUCGUGCACCUACAAUUGCUUAUAUGGAUUGGUUUGCUCUUCUGUUAUUGCUUUUUUUUUUCUGUUUUUCGAACUGGGCUUUGAAAAUGUUGCUUUGAACACUUUUAUUUCUAGCCAGGGUUGGUAUCUUUCACACCCGACUGGCAUCACUUUUCCGCCACGAUCGUGUCGCCAAGUAAUCUGUUCUGCCUGUCGUUCGCUUCAAGCUGCGUGCUACAGCCACUGAGAGGGUAUAUUUUAGUUGUUUUUGCCGAACAAGUUUGCCAAAUCUCUGCUCGUCGCAUUUGUUCUGCACUGCCUUGGCGACAGAUGCCAAUGUGGUGGUUGUGUAGUGCUUGCAUUAUCGGGCAAAGAAGGAAAAAAAAAAAAGCGAGUGGCAUAUUUCAAGUCUGGUAUGGUUUGGAGUAUGUUCGCUGAAGAUCAGGCAGGGAGCACCAUGGUUUAUUGGUAGUUUACCGGCAGCCUCCGGAGGCCUCGCUUGAAGUACCAUCACGCUGGAAUAUUCAUGGCAUGUGCAAGCUGCGUUUCUGCUCAGUUCAUUUCCACGGCUAUUUAAAAUGUGCAUAUUAAAUGUGGUGUUGCAUUGGCUGUAAUUGCACAUUUGGGCUAUUGUAUUUGAUUAUAGGCUGCUUGCUUUGGCUGCAAAAACUUCUGGCUUUGCACCUUGUAAAAUUCCGUCUCUUGUGGUAUCCGCCUUGCCAGAAGGUCCCUGUUUAUGGGGUGCAUUACGAGUAACCAGUCUCCCACAGCAAUACCUUGGGGAUAUGCUGGAUUGCCAACUGCUUGGAUCAGUGACAUUCGUUAUGCAUGCAUUUGCCUUGAAAUUUUUUGCUGAGAGAGUCUGUUGGCCUUCUCACAAUUCAGGCUUAACUUGUCUUGCUUGCAGAGUGUCCAGCUGACAAAAAGGAACAAAGUGAUUAAUGAGUAUUGUGCACACUUGUUUGUCUUUCGAUUGUGCCGUAUGGCACUGGGCGAGGCCUUGAGUUGGGUUGGUAACUUGUGCGCUCUUGGUGGCUGCGGACUUGGCCCGGAAGUGCUUGUGCAUUGUUCUACUUGAAGACCGUGAACUGCUGGGAAAAGAGCUGUGCCCUUGUGGAGACUGCGAGGUCAGCGGCCUCUCAAUGUGCAAAGGGUGUGUGGAUAUAUCUGUUGUAUAAUCUGAUCUUGUUUGUAUUCUUGUACAGCUGUGGCUUAUGUGGAUGAUGUAUACAUUAGGGAAGACAACUGCCAAUCUACUGUGACGUCCCCCCUUUUGUCUGUAUUGUAUGGCAGGAGGGAAGUGGGAGGGGGGAGUCAUAUUGAUGUACAAAGCUGUUUACUGCGGGCGCUGGGGUGUGCGUGCGUGUACACUCUGUAUGUGUGUGUAUUUAUAAUUGAAAUUAAACGAAUAAAGUUGCUAUUUCCACGGA